CCUUUACGAAGCUCAACUCGUCACAGCUCAACUGUCACGUCACAGCUCUCUCUUCCUCUCCCUCUCCCUCUCCAAUGGUCCACCGGGUACCGCGCCCAGCUAAGCCUCCAUCUGCUUGCCUACGUAGCAUCGAGCCCACACGCGAUUUCGCGGCGCCGCUGAAUUUAGAGGCGGAUAUCUUAUCGACGUUCUAGUACGGCUUCGUGAUGCCACCAAGAUGAUGAGGUAGAGCAACGAUGGAAGCCGCACAUCCAACCACCGGGUGGGAAAAGGUGGGAGACCAGUUCUACCGCAAGACCCAGCUGUAUACCGCGAUAUUCGACCAGGAUCUUGACCUGGAUAAUUAUAUCGCUGCUGGUGCUCCGUAUGGCGGUGCUGUAGCCAUCUGUCGAGAUGAAACUAAGAUUAUAUCCUACCAACCUUCCAAGUCUUCAAAGCCCAGUAUUGACAUAUACAGUUGUGCUGGCAAGUUGUUGAAAAGCAUUCCCUGGGAGAAGGGAUCCAUCAAGGGCCUUGGCUGGUCUGAGGACGAGAAGCUCCUCGUCGUGGGCUACGACGGGACUGUGCGAUGCUAUUACAACUUGCAAGGAGACUUUACGCAAUUCACCCUGGGCCGCGAGGCUGAGGAUUUUGGUGUUCGCGAGUGUCGCUUUUACGACCAUGGGAUGGUCGCACUACUUACCAAUAAUGUCCUCGUUUCUGUGUCUUCGUACGACGAACCGCGGCCAAAGUUGCUCGUGUCACCACCGGAAGGCGACGUCCAUGCGUGGGCCAUCAUCUCCCCCAGCUUCACCUUGUCGCGGUCCGUCGAGGUGCUACUGAGCAUCGGAAAGACGGUCUAUGUCGUGGACGCGACGGAAUGCGAGGAUCGCUUCCUCGACAUCGGCCCAUUUUCGCACAUCAGCGUGUCCCCGAACGGAAAAUUCGCCGCGCUUUAUGCGUCGGAUGGAAAGGCCCAUGUCAUCACCGCGGACUUCCAGAGCCGGUUAAGCGAGCACGAUUCCCGAUCCCAGCUCACGCCAAAGUACUUGGAAUGGUGUGGAAACGAUGCGGUCGUUAUCGCUUGGGAGGACGAGGUGAAUGUCGUAGGACCCAACAAUGCCGUGGCGAGCUUCGUCUACGAAGGCCGUGUCCACGUAAUAGCCGACCACGACGGCGUGCGGUUACUCACGAACGAUGUUUGUGAUUUUCUCCAGAAGGUGCCCGAUGUUACCGAUGAAGUAUUCCGCUAUGGCACGCAGUCGCCAGCGUCCGUAUUACUAGAUGCCGUGGAGCAGCUCGAGAAUCAAUCUCCGAAGGCUGACGAUAACAUCCAACUUAUUCGACCGAACCUCGUCGAGGCAGUUGACACAUGUGUUGCCGCUGCUGGACACGAGUUCAACAUCCAUUGGCAGAAACAACUGCUCAAGGCUGCUUCGUUCGGGAAAUCGGUGUUAGAUAUCUACAACAGCGACGACUUCGUUGACAUGUGCGAAACGUUGCGAGUGAUCAACGCGGUCCGUUAUUACGAAAUCGGGUUACCUCUAUCCUACGAACAAUACCAGCGGCUUACACCAGAAGGACUUAUUCAGAGACUCAUAAACCGCCACGAAUAUUUGCUCGCGCUUCGUAUCGCCGGGUACCUACGUUUACCUACAGAUCGCAUCUACGUCCAUUGGGCCUCUGCGAAGGUUCGGGUCGGGACAGAGGAUGACGACUCCAUCUGCCGGUUAGUCGUAGAAAAGCUUUCUGGCAAACCGGGAAUCUCCUUCGAGGCCAUCGCUCGCGCUGCUUACGACGAGGGCCGCGGCCGGUUGGCAACCGAGCUUCUAAACCAUGAACCUCGGGCGGGGCGACAGGUGCCGCUUCUCCUGAGUAUGGAAGAAGACGAGAUAGCGCUUGAUAAAGCAAUCGAGAGCGGUGACUCUGACCUGAUACUUUUCGUCAUCCUCCACUUGAAGAAGAAGCUCCCGCUCGCAUCGUUCUUCCGCGUAAUAAACUCACGGCCGGUAGCCACAGCCCUAGUCGAGUCCUCUGCGGCGCUGGAGAAUGACAACGCCUUGCUUAAAGACCUUUACUACCAGGACGACCGUCGGGUGGAUGGCGCCGGUGUAUUCAUCCGCGAGGCGCUCAACCAGCUUGACGCACGUACAUCUAGCGACAAGCUAGCCCUCGCCGCGAAGCUGCUUUCGGAUUCGAGGGAAAACACCUUUGAAGUGGCGUCUGUGAAGGAGGCCGCAACGCUCCUACGGAUGCAAGAAGCCCUAGAUCGGGAUCUCACAGACUCAUUUACUGGUCUCAGCGUCAACGAGACGCUGUUCAAACUGAUCCGCCUCGGCUACCAGAACAAAGCCAAGAAGAUCCAGAGCGAGUUCAAGGUCCCGGAGAAGGUCGUCUGGUGGAUACGGCUACGAGCGCUCGUUGCAAAACGAGACUGGAACGAGAUCGAGGACAUUGCUAAGAGCAGAAGAAGCCCGAUAGGCUGGGAGCCCUUUUUCAACCAGAUCUUGCAGGCGGGCAACCCGCGCCUCGCCGCGAGCUUCAUCCCCAAGUGCACGAACCUCGAGGCGGGGGCGGCGGUGGCCAUGUACGAGAAGUGCGGGCUGCGCGUCAAGGCGGCCGAGGAGGCGGUGCGCAUCCGCGAUGUCGACGCGUGGAACCGCCUGCUCGAGGCCGCCGGCCGGAACACCCAGGAGGGCCGCGAGAUCGAGGCACUCGGCGCGCUGGCCUUUAAGAAGUAGAGACGCUCGAUCGGGGACCCCGCCGCCAGCGCCGCCGUCUCGUCUCGGGAAAUCCCCAACGUCGGUUCGCGCCCGAUCCUGCCAGGCAAACCUGCCGAGCACGCUGUCCCGGCGGGCGCUAUGGCGGUCGCCGAGAACUCAUCAUCUGCGAAAUAAGUGAUGUCUGGCCUCUGCGCCCGGUUUCUAUCCUAGGCAUUAGGCGAAAGAGGCGGGGGAGCGGGAAGUUGUAUAUGGAAUACGAGGAACGAUAGCCGGAGAGAGAGAGAGUGGGGGUGGCGGAGAGAAUAGUACGAGGGAGAUAUUGACGCCAAUUUGAACUGAUGCUGCUACAUAAAGUCGGAGCGGAGGGGGGAUUCGCAACGGCGAGGGACAGACUAGAUCUGCAGUCUCCUCUUGGUAUAUAUAGGCUAAGCGGCGCGACUGGCCCGGCGCGGAAGAGUACCAGGUAGUAAGUAGAUUUAUUAUUGGCCGCCAGCGCACGAACUUGCGGGAGGGCAACUAUUAACUGACGACACUUUACUUGGCUUACCGUUUCCUCUGUGCGAGUAGCGACAUUACGGAGAGGAGCACGCACAUAUAUAAUACGCUGUAGAUCACGAAGUCAAACUAGAAGUGAAGCACUGCGCUCGAAAGCGCGGGCGCGGAGCGGUGCGAUGUUUCC